AUAUGCUACGAAGUACAAUGACAAUGUUACGUUGGUUUCUUCUGUUGUUGUUCUUUUGCGUUAUGAACGAGGAAUAGAAUUUAUCUUAAUUUUUUAAUUAAGGAAAUCGUAAUUGUAAAAAAUACGAGUUGUAUCCGUUUUCAAUUAUUUAGUUUCUCAAAAUAGAUUUCAAUUGUAUUGAGUGUAAAAGGUUGCAUAACUUAAACGCAUUAAUUAUUCCAUCAUUAAUUAUGGCCAAUGUAACUAACUGAAUACACAGCACAGCCAUCAUGGCCAAUACCGAAUCCGGUCAUCUAGUAUACUGUGUCCUAGAGGACAUGAUGCAGAGUUGUGAACAACAGAUUGCAGAAUGUUCAGAGAUACUGGAUACUUUAGACAGGCAAUCUGACCACCGCGAGGUUAUUACCAGGCAACCUGACCACCGCGAGGUUAUUUCUAGGCAACCCGACCACAGCGAAGUUAUUACCAGGCAACCCGACGACCGCGAGGGUAUUACCAGGCAAUCCGACCACCACGAGGGUAUUGUUGCCAAGGAGUGUGCAAACUGUCAGUGUACAGCUGCUUCCAGAGAAGAUUCGAGGCGGUCAACUGAUGUUAAAGAUGGUUGCUGCGGACAUGAACACCUCUAUGAUUCCGCAACACUUUUCACUAAUGGCGUACAAAGAAUUGAUUCAUUACAUGCGCCGUAUCUUGAUAGCCGGACAACAGACAUUCCCACACUGGCCGUAGCGAUCCACCCGUCUUCAAACAAGUCAUGUUUACUGGUAAAUGGUGCUCCAUUUGCAAUAGAUAACGAGGGUAACUGUAAAGAACAAUUAACUAUAAACUCGGAUAUAAUGUCUGUGAAUGUACACUCAGAUGGUGGUCCUUUCAAAACACCGCCCCACACAGGACUGGUCAGUGCGGGGUCACGCGGGUGCAGACAGACGCAGUGUCACGGACAGAGAUCUGAAUCGGCCAUAGAGCUCGUGCGGAACAGGAAGUUUGACAGAUCCUCGAAAUGCUUACUACCGUUGUUUAUUUUCGUCGCCAUUGUCAACCCAUUGGUACUUCCGAUCCUCGUUCUCUACUACAUCCGGUCAUUACAUCACUGGCGGCGCGGUCAAGUGACCCGGGCGCUGUGGUGCCUCAAUAGGGCGACCCUCGCGGCGCUCGUUGGUAUGCUGCUGAGUACUUGUGCCGUCGGCAUCGGCGCCUUCAUCUACCUAAGUCCUUAUCACACCGGAAGUGACUCAGGCAUUGCGACGCGCACACCCGAUAUGACCGUUAUCAAGAACACAAUUUUGGAGAAGUUCGAGCGCCAAGUCUCCUCCAGUGUUCCGGAAACGGAAGGGUCACCGACAGCGGUCCGUUAUGAUGCAGUCGAUCUUCAUCGAAAUGGGAAUGUAACCAUAACGACAACUGUUGUAGCUCAACUAUCUGCUUUGUUCGACUCAAUGGAAAAAAACAAAACAGUAUACACGCAUAAAAGUUAUAGAUAUAAUGAUACUUCACUAAUACACUGCAAUCCGGAUUGUAAAGAAAUACACUUGGCGUCCGGCUAAAAUAUCAGUAGCACGUUCCGUCAUUUCCAUGGUAGUGAUAACGUCACACGCUCUUAGAUAGAGUUAAAGUUAUUAUUAUUAUUAUUAUUAUUAUUAUUAUUAUUAAUAUUAUUAUUAUUAUUAUACACUGGGGCGUAGCACUUUGGCGGAGAUUUGUGGUAUCAAGAGGAUGAACUAAGCGAUGAAGUUUUGGGAAGAUAAUGAUGUAUAUGUUGUUAAAAUGACGGAUUUGGUAUACAUUCAUUGAACAAGCACUCUUUUAACGUUUAGGUGAGUGUUUUAUUGUGAAAAAUAUAUUUUGGACAAUGACUUCGAUUACUGCAUUAUUACGUUAUAUUUUGACGCCAACUGUCCAGAGGACACCGUAAUGAGAAAUACUUAUUGAACGGAAAGUUGGUAAGAAUGCGGUCAAGUAUUUUGUUUGCCUGGCAGAAAAGCAUACAAUUUUCACAAAAACUCGUUUCAUCGAAGCUUUUUUUUUUCAAUUUGCCGAAGAAGCAUUAUGUUCACAUACUAAAACGUUUGAUUGCUAUACGCAGAAUUCACGUCCAAUUUUAAUAGUUUACGAGUAAGUCGUUUCAGAUGCAUCGAUCGUAUUUUUUUUAACUCUUUCAGUGCUGGAACCGAAUUUUGAAGGCCUUUGCAAACAGUUUGGAUCCAGAUUAGACGCCACAGAACGUGGCGUUUCAUCAGGAUCCAAACUGUUUGCUAUUCUGAUAGUAUUCUUUGAAAAAAAAAUCGAAGAAAAUACUUAUUUUAGAAAUUCGGCAAACGAAAUUUUAGCAGACGACAAAUUUCCCAACAUGCAAAGGGUAAAGUCGAUUAAAUGGACUUGUAAAAUUGCAACAGAUAAUGCAGGACAGUAGAAUGAGUUAUAGCUGACUAGCUAUAGUGUUCAUUCAGGCUACGUCUAGUGUGUGUGGACAAUUAAAUAAGUGUUGUAGGAAUUUCGUAACAUCAUUGGAUAAAUAUAAUUUUCCCAGUUUGAGCGCAGCGAAUUAGAGGAAAAUUAUUUUCCUUUGCAUACGAAAGUCUCCUGUAGGGGUCGCUCAGUGCAUUGUAUUGGUGGGUAAAUAUGCUCGUAGAAUAGCCAUUCGGCUUUGCGAUACGAGCCAGAGAACACGUUAAUUUUCCUAAUAUUUUAUUGGAUAUAAAAUAUUGACAAGUUUUCUCAUAAAAAUGAUUAUCUGCAGGAAUAUAGUCAGUUGUUUUUGUGUGUAAACUAUAUGAGCGUUAGUUCAUGUAUGAGUUAUGAAAUCUAUAUAAAAAUGUGAAUUUUUCACACUUGUUUAUUGUAAUACGUUAUAAAUGUGUCCUCUGGUCGUACGCAUAGAUACCAAAAUACAAGCUGUAUUUUCAAAUUA